AUGGUUCUUUCCAAACCCUUGUCCUAUGACUGCACCAGACACAUUAUAAAGCACACAGAUCCUAAUUUGAGAAUCUUACUGUCCUUACGAUGCCCAUCAAUCCAAGCUUUCGAAAAAUCCAUAUCUUUCAAAUGCCAACAACUGCAAUUUUCGCCGAAUUGGACUUCUAUCAAUGGGUGUUGUUAUAUCAAUAAUCUUCUUCUUCGUGGAAGAAGUGAACCAAUUCGAAUGAAACGUCUGGAGAUCAACGUUACGUUUUUGCGGCUCCCAGGAUCUGUGAAAUACCAUUCUAAGGAAGUAGACUUUAGAGUCACAGGUUUUGGAUUUGAUCUGUUGAAGAAGAUUCUGGACGUUUCCAGUUUUCCACUGAACUUUUAUGGAAUCGGGUAUAUCAGUGAGGACUGGACUACAUUUGAGCAUCCAGUGUUCCGAAGUGCUCGUAACAUUUUCAUCAGCAACAAGGAAAAUAAUCAACCUGAACUUUUCCGAAGUCUGUUGAAACAUCCAAACAAAAGUAUCACAGUGCAAUCUCGUCUGCCUUGGAUCACGUUCCAGACCAUCACAGACAAUUGGAAGACGACUCAACGGAAAGUUGGAACAUCUCUUACAAUCGAACGAGUUCAUACUGAAGAUGUCGAGAACGUUCUCAAUCAAAUCCUUCAAGAGGAGCAGCACCGUGAGAAUAAGAAUGGAGACCUCAUCAUCCCUCUCUACCAGGAUAAAAGUCUGAAAAUCUCAUCUGGUGACAUUCAUGAAAAAUUGCCAAGUGACCCCAAAUUCUGGAACGAUUUAAUGAAUUUCUUGAAGUUAGAAGUCAUCGAUGUUGAUAGUGAAUUAUAUAUGUCAGAAAUUCGUUAG